GCCGGGGAGUUCCUAAACCAAACAGACAUGGCUGCCACCAUUCAAAGUUUGCUGGAAGAAAUAUCAGGAGUUGAAGACCCAAUUGAAGAGCUUGAGAGCUUAAAAACUGCUUUGUUUUCCAUUCCACUCAGCGCCCUCAGAGAAUUCGUGAGCGGACAGCGUUUCGAUGUGAUUUUCUCUCUGCUAAGCUCCAAUGAAAGGGCACAGGUUGAUCUGUGUGUGGACAUUCUUGAACGGAUCCUACUAGCCCUCAGCCCCUUGCACUUGGUCCAGAAUUACAGAGAAAAGCUACUAGAGGGUCUAAGCCAUCCUAAUGACAAUGUCCAGAUAUUGGCCUUGACACAGAUUGGCAGGGUGGUGGAGCACCCAGAGGCUGUCACAGAAAUUCUCAACAACCACAACAUCUUAAGAGCGGUGAUUCUUUGCAUUGGAGAAGAGAGGAUUGCUGUGGCAAAACAGGCUAUUCAAUCCCUUUCUAAAAUAAGUCACUCUAAGCCUGGAUUGGACAAGUUAUUUCAGAGUGAUCUUCUUGACGUCAUGAAGGAAGUGAUGGCCAAAAGUGACAUCAUCCGAUACAGAAUAUAUGAGCUGGUGGUUGAAAUCUCAUCUUUUUCUCCCAUUUCUCUUGGUUACUGUGCCAACAGUGGGCUCAUUUCCCAGCUGCUCAGCGAGCUGACGGGUGAUGAUGUCUUAAUCAGGGCCACGUCGGUUGAGAUGGUGACCAAUCUUGCCCAAAGUCAGCAUGGCCGACAGUAUUUGGCUCAGCAAGGCAUUAUGGGUAAGAUCUCCAACAUGAUCAGAGGAGCCGAGACAGACCCGUUUUCCUCCCUCUAUCUUCCUGGUUUGGUGAAGUUCUUUGGGAACCUGGCCAUCAUGGACAGCCCCCAGCAGGUUUGUGAAUCCUACCCAGUCUUCCUAAGCAAGGUGUUUGACAUGGCCCUGGAUCCAGAUCCAGUCAUGAUUGGGGUUGCCUUGGAUACUUUGGGAUUACUUGGUUCUACAGUCGAGGGGAAGCAGGUUCUGCAGAAGACAGGAGAAAACUUCAAGGCUGUGUUUUCAAGAAUAAGCCAGCUUGCUGGUUCUGGAGCUACGGAGCUGAGAGUUCGAAGCCUGGAUGCCAUAUCCCAGCUACUCACCCUUCAGCCAGAGCAUCAAACAGACGACCUUUUGUCCCUGACAGAGUCCUGGUUCCAACUUCUGUCUAACCAUCCAAUGGAUAUGAUCCACAACAUCAGUACUCAGCCUUUUCCAGAGCUGCACUGCGGGGCUUUGAGGAUCUUCACUGCCAUUGCCUGCCAGCCAUGGGGUCAGAAGAUGAUGAUAAGCACUCCUGGUUUCAUGGAGUUCAUAUUGAACCGCUCUACUGGCCAAACAAAGGAGGCCAAAGAUGCCAAAUUUGAACUGGUGGGAUCUCUUGUCGGCUCAUCUACCGCAUCAGAAAUGUUGGGCAGUCAAAACUACAUCCGUCUGAAGACGUAUCUAAAAGAAGGACCCUACUACGUUUCAGCUGUGGCCUCAGUCGGCACAGAAGGAGCUGAAUAAUCAGCACACACUAUGGGCUGAAGGAGCUUUCCUUAAAUAUUUGGUACAGUCCUGUUGAGAUUAACGUCACCUCAAAUCAGUUGGUUACUGCUUUGUUUUAAAGAACAACAUUAAAGGCUAUAAAGGCACAUCAAUCUGGAGCAAAAAUACUUGGAUAACAUUAUAAAAUUGAGAA